AUGCUCAUCAUUAUAAUUUCGACAACUCGUCAAAUUGUGAUGUAUGAGUUUAAUGCUAGUUCUAACAAUAUAGAUGGUAAUUUUUUAUAGUUUAUAUUUUAUAUUAGGAUGGGAAAAUUAUCAUGAUAUUUCUAAUUUGAAUACUUGUGGAGCGAUUCGAUAUUUUGGGUCUUCUAAUAGUUAAUAUUACAGUAUUAGCAGGAUCAUUUUUGAUCUAGAAUCUCAUUCUCAUAUUAUAGUGGAUGCACAAUUUCUAAGGUAUUUUUUAUUCUUAAUUACGAAAGUAUUGAUUAAAAUAAUCAACCUGAAAUUGAAAUAGACUCGUAUGCAUAAAGCUAUGGAUCAGUGAUAUCAUCCUCAAGUUCGAUAUGUGGUGGUGCAUAACCUGAAUAUUUGCGAACUAUUUCUAUUAUUCACUAACAUAAUAGAAGAACUGUUUGGAUAUAUAUUAGAUAACAAUACGGAGGAUUAAUAUCAUUAAAAUUAGGUUACAUUAAAUGUUAGUAUGAAUGUGCUGGAUGCAUAGAGAAUUAUGAUAAAAUAUACUAAAAAUGGAAAUUGCAUUAAUAUUCAUUUAAUUAAAAAUUGAUCACAUAUUCCGAUGGAUGGACCUUUUAAUCAAAUUAUUAGAGUAAAUUUUAUUGUGGACAUUGUUAAUUUUUAUACUAUUCUUAAAUUAAUUACUAAACUUAUCUACCUCUUCAUUAAGACGUAUUAAUAAAGUUUUAUAAAGCAGAUUCAACUAUUAUAAUAGUUGACUAUUUAUAUGGGAAAGAAACUAUAAGUAAUCAUUAUUAUAUAGAAAUAUUAAUAAGAAAUCAUCAAGAUCCUAUAUUAUAACUGAUUAUUAAUACUCAAAAUCCUUUAUAAUCCAGUAAUAUUAGAGAUUUUGAAGUAUUUUAUACAUAACCAGAAAUAAUUUAUAAGAAUUUGAAUGAAGGUUGUUUAGAAUAAAUAGAUGUUAAAUGCCAGAUUUGCCAAGAAGGUUGGGUUUAAGAUGAAUUUCUAGAUAAUUGUCAUCCAAUUUGUGGAGAUGGAAUCAUUCAAGGUUAGGAAUAAUGUGAUACACUAAUACCUAAUCAUUCUUGUUAUUAAUGUAAAUAUUCUUGUGUUGAAAAUUGUUAAAUUUGUUAAUUUGGAAUUUGUUUAUAAUGUAUUGAUGGAUUUGUGAUUAAUUCCAAUUUUAGUUGUGAUCCCUUGUGUGGAGAUGGUGUUUUGACUCCAUAUUCAGUUGAAAAAUGUGAAUUUGCUGUUAAUGGUGUAUGGGAUGGUUGUUACGAUUGUAAAUUUAUCUCAAUCGCUAAUUGUAAAACAAACUAUUUUUCAAUUUGCUUAGAGUGUGAAGUAGGAUUUUAAAUGUUAGAAAAUGCAUGUUUUCCUUAUUGCGGAGAUAAAUUAGUUCUCUAAUUAUAUGAGGAUUGUGAUGAUGGAAAUUUCGAACCUUAUGAUGGUUGUUAUUAAUGCAAGUUUCAAUGCAUAGAAGAUUGCAACAUAUGUGAGAGAGGAGAAUGCAUUUUAAAAUGCGAAGAUGGUUACGAGUUUGUUAAUUACAAUUGUCACUCUGUUUGCGGUGAUUAAAUUGUCACAAAGGAAGAAGACUGUGAUGAUGGUAAUACUAUAAAUUUUGAUGGUUGUUUUGAGUGUAAGUAUUCUUGUCCAGAAAAUUGCUCAGAUUGUUAUCAGGGUAUUUGUUUAGAGUGUGAAAAUCAAUACUAAACACCAAUUUUAAAUUAAUGCAAAUAAUAAUUCUAUUGCGGAGAUGGAUUAGUUUAGGAAUAAGAGGAAUGCGAUGAUGGUAAUUUGUAAGCAGUCGAUGGAUGCAAGGAUUGUUUAUUUGAAUAAAAUUGGGUUUGCAUCACAAUGACAAAAGACUCUCUUAGCUAAUGCGCAUUCGCCAAAGGUCCAAGUUUAGUUAUUAAUUAUCUCAAUAUGACUUAAAAUAAAUAAUAUAUAAGCAUCUAAUUUAAUUAACACAUAAAAAUAUUUACACUUUAACCCCUAUCAGAAACUUUAAAUUUUGAAUUAUCAGAUAUAGAUAAAAAGUACUGGAAUAGCAGCUUAUACAUAAUUUAGGAUGUUGGAUCAUAUUUGAGUUUUGGAGAAUAUAUUGUCGAAAUAGAAGUGUACAAAUUACUAAAAUUUAGACCACGCUUGAAAAUUUUAAUAAAUCAGAAAGUUGCUAACAUAGAUAAUGCUAUUUUGGAUGUUUGUGAAAGUUAAAUAACAUUAUAAUAUCCAAAUUAUCUUGAUGAAACAUAGAAGGGUUAUUCUUAAAGUUUGAAACUUCUAAACAAAUAUUUGAUCUAUAGUUUAUCAGGAAUUACUAUUAUCAGUCUUUUAUUCGGAAGUGGAGAAUUGUUUGUUGAGAUUUUGGCAAUUCUUUAAUUUUAGCAAUACUUAAGAUAUAUAAAUUUAUAAUUCCCUGAAAAUUUAGAUAUUUAUUUUUCUAUUUAUGAUCUGAUAACGGUUCAACCUCUGUUAGAUUUUGUGCACUUUCCUCAAUUUUUACAACUUAUUGAUAUUUAGUCAAAUUAGGAAUAUUCUGAUGGUAAAUUUAAUGUUUACAAAUAAAAUUCAAGCUUGAUCGUCAAUCUUUCUUCUCAAAUAUUAUAAUGCUUACUAUUUUUAUUCCUUAUUUUGCUGUUAAAAUGGAUUAAAAGAGUCGGAUACAAAUGGAUAUUUUGUUCUAGAUGCUAUUCAUAUCUGUUAGAGUUAUCAUUGUAUAUUAAUCGAAAAAUUAUUUUGAAAAUUAGCUAAUACUUUUAUUGCAUUUUAGAAGAUUUACUUAAAUUGGAGAAAUUUAUGACAUUUAAAGGAUUGUAAAAGGCCUUGCUACUCAAUGGUUGGGAUAUGAUAUUUAAAACCCUGUUGUAUACACGAAGUAUUUAAACAAGAAAUUACAUAGACAUUAUACAAUUCUUUAUGGCUAGCAUAAUACUUCUACUUUAUUUUAGCAUAUUACUAAAUUUUUUCAAAUGCAAAUAACAUAUAAACAAAAAUCAAAGGUUUGAAAUUCUAAAUUUUGGAAGAUAAUUUUUCUUUUUCUUAUUCUUGA